UUCUCUUUGGAAGAGCUCUGAGGGGGCCGCUAGGAGGUUUGCGCGGCCUGCUCUCCUGCCCGCCUCUUGCUCUGCGGCUGAACUCCACUUCUCUUCAGGCUUCGACCCCACUGACUCGCUCCCUGACAAAGCAAACAUUUGAUCAGGCAGCCACGUGCAUUCUCCCAUUUCCUGAAACCAGCACCAUGGGGUAAAAGAUUAUUUCUACUUGGUUGCCUUCCAGAUGUUUCACACUUGGACGGCAAACUGAUUUCAAACCACUCCUUUUCAAAGAUCUCUAAGGGAGACAUUGCACCUGGCCACUGCAGCCCAGGGCAGGUCUGGCCACGGCCAUAAGCGUGCUGAGCCAUCAUGCCCACCGUGGAUGACAUUCUGGAGCAGGUUGGGGAGUUUGGCUGGUUCCAGAAGCAAGCCUUCCUCACCCUAUGCCUACUGUCAGCUGCCUUUGCGCCUAUUGCUGUGGGCGUCGUCUUCCUGGGCUUCACACCUGACCACCGCUGCCAGAGCCCCGGGGUGGCUGAGCUGAGCCAGCGCUGUGGCUGGAGCCAUGCGGAGGAGCUAAACUAUACAGUUCCAGGCCGAGGGCCUUUGGACGAGGCCUUCCUUAGCCAGUGCAGGCGCUAUGAAGUGGACUGGAACCAGAGCGCCCUCAGCUGCGUAGACCCCCUGGCUAGCCUGGCCACCAACAGGAGCCACCUGCCGCUGGGCCCCUGCCAGGAUGGUUGGGUGUACGACACUCCUGGCUCCUCCAUCGUCACCGAGUUCAACCUGGUGUGUGCUGACUCCUGGAAGCUGGACCUCUUUCAAUCCUGUUUGAAUGCGGGCUUCUUGUUUGGCUCUCUGGGCAUUGGCUACAUUGCAGACAGGUUUGGCCGUAAGCUGUGUCUCCUGGGUACUGUGCUGGUCAAUGCCGUGUCGGGUGUGCUCAUGGCCUUUGCGCCCAACUACAUAUCCAUGCUGCUCUUCCGCCUGGUGCAGGGCCUGGUCAGCAAGGGCAACUGGAUGGCCGGCUACACCCUAAUCACAGAAUUUGUUGGCUCGGGCUCCAGAAGAACGGUGGCGAUCAUGUACCAGAUGGCCUUCACGAUGGGGCUGGUGGCGCUUACCGGGCUGGCCUAUGUCCUGCCUCACUGGCGUUGGCUGCAGCUGGCAGUCUCCCUGCCCACCUUCCUCUUCCUGCUCUACUACUGGUGUGUGCCGGAGUCUCCUCGGUGGCUGUUAUCACAAAAAAGAAACACUCAAGCAAUAAAGAUCAUGGACCACAUCGCUCAAAAGAAUGGGAAGCUGCCUCCUGCUGAUUUAAAGAUGCUCUCCCUCGAACAGGAUGUCACCGAAAAGCUGAGCCCUUCGUUUGCAGACCUGUUCCGCACGCCAUGCCUGAGGAAGCACACCUUCAUCCUGAUGUACCUGUGGUUCACCGCCUCUGUGGUCUAUCAGGGGCUGAUCCUGCACAUGGGCGCCACCAGCGGGAACCUCUACCUGGAUUUCCUUUACUCCACGCUGGUCGAAUUUCCGGGGGCCUUCAUCACCCUCAUCACCAUUGACCGCGUGGGCCGCAUCUACCCCACAGCAGUGUCAAAUCUGUUGGCGGGAGCAGCCUGCCUUGUCAUGAUUUUUAUUUCACCUGACCUGCACUGGUUAAACAUCAUACUCAUGUGUGUUGGCCGAAUGGGAAUCACCAUUGCAUUCCAAAUGAUCUGCCUGGUGAAUGCUGAGCUGUACCCUACAUUUGUCAGGAACCUUGGAGUGAUGGUGUGUUCCUCCCUGUGUGACAUAGGUGGGAUAAUCACCCCCUUCAUAGUCUUCAGGCUGAUGGAGGUUUGGCAACCAUUGCCUCUCGUUUUAUUUGGGGUGUUGGGCCUGCUUGCCGCGGGAGUGACGCUACUUCUUCCGGAGACCAAGGGGGUCGCUUUGCCAGAGACCAUGAAGGAUGCCGAGAACCUUGGCAGAAAACCAAAGCCCAAAGAAAACACGUGUACCUUGAGGGUCCAAACAUCAGAACCCUUGGGCACCCUGAGAGAGUUGCUUUGGCGGGCAUGGAGUGUUAGGAGGGAUGGAAGAGGGAGUUAUCUUCUGCAGAAAUUCCUAGAGCCGCCUUCACUCUCUGUAUUCUCCCAUACUUGACCUACCCCCAAUACAAUUCAAUCCUAAAGAAA